AUUUAUUUGCAUUCCUUUAUUUUACUUUAAUGUGUUGGACGUUCUUUGGUCAGUUUUAUUUUUGUAUCACACUUCUUACAAAAAUAAUGUUGGGGACUUUAUUUCGAAAAACUCGUUUUGCGACAGGAAGCGGGGCGGAACCCACAGCGUCCGACGGGAGUUCCGCGCUGAAGCGUCGCUGUUCGCUGCGGGACGGAACGGGACGGAACGGAACGGAACGGAACCACUGGACGCGACACGUUAACCGCUGACAUGCGUUCAAAGAGUUUUUAACUCCUCUCACUUUUAAACGGAAUCAAGCGACCUCGGCGUCUCGCAGCGGCAGGUAACGUCCUCUGGUUUCUGAUCAAAGUUUCGGUUUCGGCUCGGAGGGAUCGUCGGUACCGGGAUUGUUUACUCGGUGGCUUCCACUCGGAUUAAAACACCUUUUCACGGAGAGUUAUUCACGCGCUUUUGUACGCGGUCGUGAGCGCGCGUGUCACACUCAGAUGAGUCCGGACUGGUCACGUGAUCAAAGCGAUGAGCGGCGACGCGUCGGCGCAGAUGGAGGAGGUGAGGAGGAGGUCCCAGUCGCUCCUCUCCUCCUCGGGUUUGGCCCAGGACGUGAAGGCCGAGGUCCAGACCAUGGCCGGCGUCCUCCUGCCCCUCUCGCAGAAGUACCGCCUCCUGGGGGCGGAGACCAUGUUGAGGGAGAACACGGCGUGCAGCAACACGCUGGAGGUCCUGGAAUCCUUGAGCAGACUGGUCAAGGCCUUGAGCAUCCUGGAGAAGUACGGCUGUAACCUGACGAGUCCGGCCCGGCCCCGGUACUGGAGGAGCGUCAAGCACAACAACCCCGUCUUCAGGAGCACCGUGGACGCCGUGAAGGGAGGCCGGGCCGUGCUGUUCCUGUACGGGUACACCAGCCAGCAGGCGGACGGCCUCAGCUUCCCCGACGACGUCAGCCAGCCGGACGCCGCGCACGUGGCGGCGGUGACGCUGGAGGUCAUGACCUUGCGCACGGAGGUGGACAUGCUGGUGAAGGGAACCCAUCCUCACCCGGAGAACUUCAGAGACGUCGUCCCCUUCCUCGUCCCGCCGGAGGAGCUGGAGGUCGUGGGGGUCCCGAGUGGAGACCAGCAGCCGGGGGACGAACCCUGUGUCCCGUCCCCACCGUCCCCACCACCUCAAACCCCUCCACCCCCCCAGGCCUCCGGGGGAGAACCCCUGAGACCCUCGACAGUGGGAGACUGUAGUCUGUGCGGCGCCGCCCCGUCUCUGGUCUGCUCGUCAUGUGACAGUCGAGCUUUCUGCGACGCCUGCGACGACCUCUUCCACCGACACCCGUCCAGGGACCAGCACAAGAGGGACCAGCUGCAGCAGCAGCAGCAGCCCCCCCCAGGGAUCUGCACCAUCUGUGGGACGUCGGCCGUUCAGGCUCAGUGCUCCACCUGCAGCCAGAAGCUGUGUGACAACUGUGACCAGCUCUUCCACUCGCACCCCGACCGCAGGGGGCACAGCCGCAGCCUCCUCGCAGCCCCCAAGACGUCCAGCCCCUCCCUCUCCCCGUGGCAGUGCGCUCGCUGCACCACGGUGAACCCCACGCGGGCCGUCCUCUGCGCCACCUGCGAGCGCCCGCGGCUCGCCGCCGCGCAGGAGGCCCCGCCCCCCGUGCCCUCGUCUCCCAACGCGGAGUGGCGCUGCCGGAGCUGCACGGUGGUGAACCAGGGCAGCAGCAUCCUCUGUGAGGUGUGUGAGCGCCCCCGUCUGGCCACCCGCCCCCCCGCCGCCCCGCUGCCAACCAGCCCGGGAGCCCCGGGCGAGUCCGGAGAAAAGUGGAUGUGCCAGUUCUGCACCUACGUGAACACCAGCCCCGCCGUGGUGUGCGAGAUGUGCAACCUCGGCGGGUCCCCCCCGGCGUCCCUGCAGCAGACCCCGCCCGCCGCCAAGGACCCAGCGGCGUCGCCGCCGAGGCCCCAGCCGAAGGCCCGGGUGGACGUGGAGGUGAAGAGGCAGAAGAUGAUGAGGGACGACGGCCUGCGCCUCGUCCAGCAGAUCAGAGAAGCAGAGAAGCGCGGCGUCAGCGCCGAGGAGGUGUACGCCGCCAUCGGCGUGUGCGGCGCCAGCAACACGAGCCCGUGUGACUGGCUGACGUCGGAGCUGCCUCACCUGCUGGAUGAAAUCUGCGCCAUGGCAGCGUCCGUCCAGGUGGAGAGAGACGGCGAGGGGGCGGAGCCGAGCGCUCCCGUGGUCAAGGGUGACGGCGCCAAGCUCUCCAGAGCCGAGGCCAAGCUGGCCUGGUUGUCGGCGGGAGGAGACACCAACAAGGCCGUGACCCAGCUGCUGAGAGACAGACAGGUCAAGAUGAAGGAGCUCCGCUCUCUGGGCUUCAGGGAGGCGUCUCGCUGCGAGGAGGCCCUGAGGCUGAGCGGGGGGGAGGUGAAGGGGGCGUUGUCUCUGCUGCAGCGCCCCCUGCUGGAGCCCUUCCACCAGCGGAUCUGGACGGACCAGCCGGAGCCGCCGAUCGACCCCCAGGACCCGGACAAACAGAGGACCUGCAGGCGUCUGCUGGCGCUCUACGAGCUGCCCAGCUGGGGGCGCUGCGAGCUGGUCCUCUCGCUGCUGCAGGAGCCGGGCGUCACCUUCUCGCUGGAGGACGUGGUGCAGGCCGUGAAGGAGUCUCACGACAAGGACUUCAUCAAGCGCCUCCUCGUCAACGAGUGCCCCUGCUGCCUGAGCGCCUUCCCCCGCAGCAAGAUGCAGUCCCUGACCUCCUGCCAGUGCUCCGUGUGCCACGAGUGCUUCAGGCUCCACUUCACCAUCGCCGUGCGGGACAAACACAUCCGGGACAUGGUGUGUCCCGUCUGCAGCGAGCCGGACAUCAACGACCCGCAGCAGCUGGACAGCUACUUCUCCACGCUGGACAUCCAGCUGCGUAACUGCCUUCAGCCGGACGAGUACGAGCUGUUUCACAAGAAGCUGACGGAGCACGCGCUCAUGAAGGACCCCAAGUUCCUGUGGUGCUGCCACUGCACCUCGGGCUUCAUCAACGACGGCGACCAGCUGAAGGUCACCUGCCCGUCCUGCCGCCGCAGCUUCUGCGCUCAGUGCAAGAAGCCCUGGGAGGCGCAGCACCAGGAUCUGUCCUGUGAGCAGUUCCAGCAGUGGAAGAGGGACAACGACCCGGAGUACCAGAGGCAGGGCCUGGCCGGCUUCCUCCGGGACAACAGCAUCACCUGUCCUUCCUGCAGGUUCCAGUACGCGCUCACCAAAGGCGGCUGCAUGCACUUCAGCUGCUCGCAGUGCCGCUACCAGUUCUGCAGCGGCUGCAACAACCCGUACCACAAGACGGUCUGUAAGGCGGCGCAGUGCAGCUGCCCCGGGCUGCACGCGCACCACCCGCGGGACUGCCUCUUCUACCUCAGGGACUGGGAGCCCCCCCGCCUACAGGCUCUGCUGCAGAGGAGCAGCGUGGACUUCAACACGGAUCCUUCUGACGGGUCUCAGUCCGAGGCUUGCUGUGUGAUGGAGCAGAAGGACGAGAAGACGGAGUCUCCGUGUGGCCUCCACACGCAGCCGGGACAGGCCGGCCUCUGCGAGAAGCACUACAAGGAGUACCUGGUGAGCCUCAUCAACGCCCACUCCCUGGACCCCGCCCCCCUCUACGAGCCCAGCGAGGUCAUCAGGGCCUGUGAGCGCUACCUGGUGGACACGCAGAAGGUGGGGGACGAGGACGAGGACUUCUUCCUUGCUCGACUCCUCAAGAAACUGAUGGAGGUUCCUCUCGGGGAAAAAGUUCCUCGGAACAAAUAGAAGUUUCGGCAGCAGGUGGUUGUUGGUUUUUAAUUAUACUCCAAAUGUCGUCUGUGUUCCAAACCUCGGGGGCCUGUUGUCUCUUAGUUCUCAUCGUCAUGACGAUGACCUGAUUACCAAAAGCUUUGUUUCUUUGUGAUCUUUUCCAUAGAUACUUAUAAUACUUUCUGAGAGGAAUUUAUUUGUGGUGUGAAAUUCGAAUAUUUUAAAUUUUGGAAAUGUAUGUUUACAAUAUUUCUUUCGGGGCAGAAUUAUAUAAAUACACACAUUAAGAAAUAUAAAGGGUGAGUUUGUAAUCUGUUUGGCUUUUAUAUGUGACUGGUGAGUGAAUAGAAAAAUAAAUAUUUUGAAGUGUG